AUGGCACCCAACAAUCUUACGCAGCUGUACUACAAGCGUCUGAUGAAUGCAAACGCGCGAAUCUUCGAGCUAGAGGUUAUGGUGGCGGAGGGUCAUGACCAGAUCGCAGCAAAUCGACCGGUAACAGCCGCGGAAGAAGGCGACGAUGAUCUGCGAGCCCAACUCAUGAACCUUACCGCACAAACGGCCGCUCAGAUGGAGGCAAAAGACGAAGAGCUGUUGGAGCAGAAACAGCAGAUCGCGGACAAAGACAAGCACAUAAGUGAGCUUAAGAAAGCGCUUUGGAAGGAGAGAGCUACCUGA